AUGAAUUCGAAUCAGCAGACACAGCAGGACGUGCUAGGCUCAAUCGUGCCGCAAUUGCAAGGAAUGUCGUUGAGUGGAGCGUCCACUCCUAUGAUGGAUACAAGUAGCACACCUUUACACAAGCCCGGAUCCUUGUUGGGCACUUUGGGCAUACAAAGGGCCAAUUCGCCUUUUGUUGGUGGUGGUGUUGAUGGUGUGAAGUUCGGGCGGCAGCCGCAUGAUUUACAGUACGCUCAGCAUGGUCAGCAAACGCCACACCAGGCAUAUUCCGGUCUGCGAGAAACGCCCUCAUCGUCGUCACUGGCGGCCGACUGGGCUCAACAAAGUUCCGUAGGAAAUGCUGCUGUGCCUAAUAGCAAUAGUGGUUUAUCUGGGACCUCUAUUGAUGGCCACUCGUCAUUCGGACUUUCAAUGGUGGAUGCCUUGGGCGUUCCUUCUAAUGUGCCGCCACCGCCUGGGGUAUUUGCACCUCAUAUGCCAAUCCUUGAGUCGCAAUGGAAAUACGUGGACUUCCAGAAUAUUGUGCAAGGGCCCUUUCCGUCGCAAUCUAUGACCAAUUGGUACCAAGCUGGAUACUUACAAGCUUCUUUACAAAUUGCGCGUGUUGCUACAUCCCCGGAACCCUUUGGUGUCAAUGAGAAGUUUGCGUCAUUAGGGGACCUCAUGGCCAAAGUUGGUGACUUUGCAGAUCCAUUUUCUAAAUUUGAUUUAAUUGUGGCUCAAGCCCAAGCACAAGUCCAAAUGCAACCUCAAUUAAAUCCUCGUUUGCCACAACAAUUGUCUCUUGAUUCGUUGCAGGUGGCUAAUGGCACGUCCGGUAAUGCUUCGGAUCCUAUAACAUUCCACCUUGAAGCAUCUUCUGCUCCUGUCAAUGAUGCUGUCUCAUCAGGGCCACAAAUUGAAUCUCUUGACUAUACGCAUGACCAGCUUUUGGAACUUCGCGAUAGCGAUGGCGGGUAUUUUCACGAAACUAUCUCCCAGAUUCCUGUUCAUAAAUUUGUGGAAAACGAUGCUGCGCCCAAAAGCUACGAUACUAAAACUAGGCAGACGAUCGAUCAAGAUGCGCUGCAAAGAAGACGCGAAUAUGAAACCCUUGCCAAGCAAAGGAAGGAACAACAAUUAGCUCAGGAGAAGCUCCAAAAAUACGAACAGCUAAAGCAGCAACAAGACGCGGUUGCAGCGGCGGAAGUGGAGAGAAGGCGAGUUUUGGUGUCGGAAACUGAAGGUAUUGCCAAACAAAGACAAAAGCAGCGUGAAGAAGAAGCAGAACGUCGUAAAAAGGCCGAUGAAUCGGCGCGCCGGCUACUGGAAGAAGAACAUCAACGUUUUGUACGUGAGCAGCAAGAAACUGAAGAUCGUAACAAACGCGAUGAGCUUGAAAAGUUGCGUAGAGAAAGCUCAACACCUUCUGGCGCUUCCUCCCCGGCAUUGCUGUCUGCAAAGCCUGCACCCUGGGCGAAUAAGACCAAAGCGUCAUUUGCGGGCCCUUCUCUAGCCGAAAUUCAACAAAAGGAGGCAGCUCAAAGAGCCAAACGCAAGCAAGAGCAAGAGCAUCAAACACGCGAAAUCGCUGCCAAACUUCAACAACAAGUCUUCAAUGAAGAAGCUAGCAAACCAAGAAUAGACUCCAUCGCUACUUGGGCCAGCAAAAAAUUGCCUAAUCAACCUUUAGAUGAACACAUGGCUCCUGUCAAGACAAUUGAACAAAUUCAAAAAGAACAAGCGGAGCAAAAAAAGUUCUUAGCUGAACAGAAGAGGUUAUGGGAAGAAGUCCAAAAAAAUGCUAAAGUAAAUGUUGCACCUUCUAGCACCGAUGUGAACGAAUGGACGACGGUCACUAAGAAACAAGUCAUCCCUCUCAAGGCAAGCAGCACUAAGAAUCCAAAUCAAGCAAACUCUUACUUAAGUCCCGACAAAUUGCGUUCUAUGAGCGCGAACUCUAGUAAGCAAAUCGGAUCGUCCACCAGCAUUCCUACCUUGAAGACAAAAGUAGCGACAAAAGCGCCAGUAGCCUACUCAGGCAAUGCAUCUACCUCUUUGCGUCAAGAAUUUCUAAAGUGGUGCAAGUCUCAAAUGAAGUUGUCCCAAGAGGUGAAUGUCAACGGUGUUUUAGAAUUUUUGCUCAGCUUACCCGCUGGCCCCGAGUCCAAAGAAAUCAUUGCAGACACGAUUUAUUCCAACAGUUCGUCAAUGGAUGGCAGAAGAUUUGCCGCAGAAUUCAUCAAACGUCGCAUUGAUUGCGAAGCCAAGCUUACCGAUUCGCUAUCCUGGAGCGAAGCCCUUUCCAUGCCUGAAGGCGACGUUGAGGAUUGGGAAUUUCAGGUUGUGGGUAAGAAAAAGAACAGAAAGCAUUGA